GCUUUGGAAUCACCUUAAGAUCCAGAUUUGAUUAAAAAUCCAAAAAUGAAACGCAGCAAGGACAUAACUCCUCUGGAGCUAUCUGUGGGAAGUCUGCUGUGUGUCUUUAUGGAAUAUCAAAACGCUGAUGGGACGCUGUCCAAAGAAACCUUCUGCAAAUGUCUGGCAGAGCAGAUGCCCUCAUUUGAUUUGGCAAAAGCUGGAGAAGAGCUGUUCAAGACUGUAGACAUCAACGAAGACGGGAAACUGGAGUUCAAAGAGUUCGCCGUGCUGGUUUGCUCUUUCGCCUGCUCAAACUAUGACGCCCUUCAGGAAGUCAUGAAGACUUGCAAAGAUGAUGGCAAUGGAAAAUAAGUCACUUGAGUUGAAUAAAUACUUGAUGCUCUAUUUGGCUUCAUAUGAAGGAAAAUAAAAGUGUUU